CGAGUCCGACCGUUCUUCGAAAACCUGGGGCUGGUACCUGUGCAGCUAUAGCAUGUGCCUUGACAAGAUGAGGAGGUUUUUGUUACUAUAUGCUACACAGAAAGGACAGGCAAAAGCCAUCGCAGAACUAAUAUGUGAGCAAGCGGUCAAGCACGGAUUUUCUGCAGAUCUUCACUGUAUUAGUGAGUCAGAUAAGUAUAACCUAAAAACCGAAACAGCUCCUGUCGUCAUUGUUGUUUCUACCACGGGCACUGGAGAUCCACCAGACACAGCCCGCAAGUUUGUUAAAGAAAUACAGGACAAGACACUGCCAGCUAAUUUCUUUGCUCACCUGCGGUAUGGAUUAUUGGGUCUGGGUGAUUCGGAAUACACAUUCUUCUGUAAUGGGGGAAAAAUAAUUGACAGACGACUUCAAGAGCUUGGUGCCCAACAUUUCUAUGACACUGGACAUGCAGACGACUGCGUAGGUUUAGAACUUGUGGUUGAUCCAUGGAUUGAUGGACUUUGGGCUGCCCUCACAAAGCAUUUUAUGUCAAGUAGAGAAAAAGAAAACGUGAAUGGAACUCACACAACAGCAUCUAAUGCCUCCUUGAGGACACAUCCUGCCAAACCAGAAUUGUUGCAUAUUGAAUCACAAAUCCAACUUCUGAGAUUAGGAGAUUCCGGAAGAAAGGAUUCUGAGGUUUUGGAACAAAAUGCAUCCAACAGCAAUCAGUCAAGUGCUUUGAUUGAAGACUUUGAGUCCUCACUUACCUGUUCAGUGCCCCCACUUUCACAGGCAUCUCUGAAUAUUCCUGCUUUACCACCAGAAUAUUUACAGGUGCAUCUACAGGAGGCUCAUGGCCAGGUGGAAAGCCAAGCAUCUGUGACUUCCAUGGAUUCAGUUUUUCAAGUUCCAAUUUCAAAGGCAGUUCAACUUACUACAAAUGAUGCCAUAAAAACUGCUCUGCUGUUAGAAUUGGACAUUUCAAAGACAAGUAUUUCCUAUCAGCCUGGAGAUGCCUUCAGCCUGAUCUGUCCUAACAGUGAUGCUGAGGUGCAGGACCUGCUCCAGAGACUGCAACUCACAGACAAAAAAGAACACUACGUCUUCUUGAAAAUCAAGGGAGACACAAAGAAGAAAGGAGCAUCCUUACCCCAGCAUAUACCUGAGAGGAGUUCUCUCCAAUUCAUCCUUACCUGGUGCCUUGAAAUACGAGCAAUUCCUAAAAAGGCAUUUUUGCGAGCCCUUGUGGACUAUACCAGUGAUGGUACUGAAAAGCGAAGGCUUCAAGAGCUGUGUAGUAAGCAAGGGGCUGCUGAUUACAACCGCUUUGUGAGAGAUUCUUGUGUCACCUUACUGGACCUCCUUUGUGCCUUUCCAUCUUGUCAGCCACCACUUCAUCUGCUGCUCGAGCACCUUCCCAAGCUUCAACCCAGACCAUACUCAUGUGCAAGCUCAAGUUUGUUUCACCCAGGGAAGCUUCAUUUUGUGUUUAACGUGGUGGAGUUUUUGUCCCACACGACAGCGGUGGUUUUGCGGAAGGGGGUCUGUACGGGCUGGCUGGCCGCGCUGGUGGCCGCGAUUCUGCAGCCGAGUGCACGAGCGCCUCGAGCACCAUGCGUGGACGGUGGGCAGGCCCUGGCUCCUGAGAUAUCCAUCUGUCUUCGAGCAACAAAUUCUUUCCACUUACCAGAUAACCCUUCAGUCCCCAUUAUAAUGGUGGGUCCGGGAACUGGCGUAGCACCCUUUAUUGGUUUCCUGCAACAUAGAGAGAAACUCCAGGAACAACACCCAGAAGGAAACUUUGGAGCGAUGUGGCUGUUCUUUGGCUGCAGGCACAAGGACAGGGAUUAUUUAUUCAGAGAAGAGCUCAGGCAUUUCCUGAAGAGUGGGAUCUUAACUCACCUAAGGGUUUCCUUCUCAAGAGAUGCACCUGUGGGGGAGGAAGCCCCAGCCAAGUAUGUGCAAGACAACAUCCAGCUUUACUCCAAGCAGGUGGCGAGAAUCCUCCUCCAUGAAAAUGGUUAUAUUUAUGUGUGUGGAGAUGCUAAGAAUAUGGCCAAGGAUGUAAAUGAUACCCUUGUGGAAAUAAUAAGCAAAGAGACUGGAAUUGAAAAAUUAGAAGCAAUGAAAACAUUGGCUACUUUAAAAGAAGAAAAACGGUACCUUCAGGAUAUUUGGUCAUAAACCCAGAAAGGAAAGGAACAGAAUUAGGCUUUUUUGUUUCAGAAACUAAAAGACAAUUUUAUCUGAGCUUUUAACUUUCAAUGUUAAAAAUUAUUAGUUUCUUUAGCAUUUCAUGGAGGAGGUGGGGUGGGGAGUGGCUCACAUACCAAUGUGGGGUACUCUCCCGAUUCGGUUUUACCCUCUCACCAUCUGCCAUCUACUCCCUUCUUCCGCUGGCCCUCCCCAAAAUACCAUGUUUCUGGGGGUGCCCCGUGCUGAGCGGAGCCCCUCCCUGGGGCCUCCCUUAUGUCCUGAGGGCUUUGCAGAGACUCCUGAUGUGGGCACUGGGCAGACUGGGUGUGAUUUGGCUCUUUUCAACUGAUGCUGCCAAUUUUUUUUUGAUAAUACAAAAAUAAUUUACCAUUUUUCUAUGAAGUAUGUGCAUAAAGAAAUUUUAAAUUAAUGUAUUUAAAUUACAUAUGUACAGCAUAUCCAGUUACAUGUUUAUUUAACUUUAUCAAAUUAUUUAUUACCAAAACUAUAUUUCUGAUAAAAGAUAUUUUAAGGUAAUGCUGCUGGAAAUGUGAAUGAUAUGUUGAAAUUCCACUCUGACAUGUGAUUUAUGUGUCAUGAUUCUUUUUAAUACCAGAAUUUUGGAAUUUCAGGAAAUUUGCAUUCAAUUUCAAGACACCAGUAUGUUCAUAUUCAAGUGAAAGAGAUACAACCUUUUUCCUCUCUCCACCUCCCUGACUCUAUUCUUUUCUGCGCCUCUGUGCCAUAUUUCUGUUUAUCCACAUAACUGAUCUUCUCUCCAUGAGGAUGCUGUAGACGAGGCUUAGAAUACUGGCUUCAAUUAAGUCCUGUGUUUUUAAAUUCCCAAGGACAAAAUCCUCUCUCAAAUUUGUCGCAGCAGAAAACAAAAUGUAAAGGGUAUGAUGACCUUCCUCCUAGACUUUAGGAUAUGUUGUUUUUUUAUUCAAGAGAUUGGCAUUUAAAAAAACAGAUCUCUUCCUGAGAAAUAAAUAUCUGAAGGAAAUACGACAAUCUUCAGAUUUCAUAAGGCUUUGUGGCUGUUCAUUAUAGUCUCUAACCUUGUAUAUUUCAUGCAUUCUGCAAGAGAAACCAAUCUAAAAAAUAGAAUGAGACGGAAAAACAUACCAUGCAAAUACUAUAUGACGUAUGUAAUUAUAUACAUAAGUUGUACAUAUCAGCCAAAGUAGACAUAAGGUGAAGACACUAAAAGGACAAAGAACAGUGUUCCUUAUUGAUAGCAAUAACAAGAGAAUAUAACCAUCAAAAACUUGUGUAUGCCUACCAAUAUUGCUUACAAAUAUAUGCAAAUAUAUACGAAAACAGAAAGAUCCAUAAGGAGAAAUUGAUGCAUCUUUCAUCAUAAUGGGUGUUGGAAACUGACCUUAGCCAGUUUGUUUGUACACAAUUCUUUCUGGUAGAUACUAGUAGAUACUAAAUUUUAGGCAGAUAUUGGUCAGCUGCUUCCCCACAGCCUUGCCCGUGGUGAAAAUAGAUCUCAGUCCAAAUUCCGCCACAUAUACAGAUGUUUAAUAAAUAAAUAUUUAUUAGCAGUCAGGUACACAACAUAUCCUAUAACCUAUUCUGUAAGGUGAAUGAAUUCCAAGUCCCAUCUUUUUAGUGGGGGCAACCACAUCUUGCUUGAUACUCAAGGUGGCUGUGAUGGUCUCCCAGGGACAAGACUGUUGGCUCUUUCCAUGAGCCGUGCGCCAGCCCAGUGGCUGAGCACAGUGCUGCUUUGGGGUUAAGCCUCAGGCACCACCCCCCUUAGGGGAGUGGGGAGGGACGUGCUCUAAAUUGUUUUAGCCACUCUCCAGAUCUUGAAUGCCACUAGUUUAACCAGUGAGAGACCUUUUCUAAUCUCAAUUAUUCUAACAAGUGCUGCUGCCCCCACUGUUUUCAGUCACGUUCAUUAUGCUUAUUAAUAGGUGGAAGCUCGUGUUGAUCGGUGAUAAAGUUAAUGAAAGAACUUGUGGAAGCGUUCUCUGGAAUAUGGUUUUCCUGAUUAGAGGCUCGCUGCACCCAGGGGGUUCCUUACUUUCUGUGUCACACAGACAUAGUGUGUGCGCUGAGCAUUCUGAAGUGAUUUACAGACACCGUAAUACUGGGACAGUAACAGGCAUAUUUGGUCAUAAACAAUCAGAUAAAUCAGAUGAGAUACAAUUUAAAUUUCAGAAUGAGCAAACUUGAUAUAUAUAUAUAUGCCACACCUAACAAAUGGGUCGCCCACAUUGGUUUCAAAUACAAUUGAAACAUUUAAAAAAUUGACUAUGAUCUAGGUCAUAACUAUUCAAAAAACUGCAUAAAAUAAGGCAAUGAUCACUGACUCCAGUGCCAUAAAAGUGAGCUACAAAAAGCAACUCAGUUAACAUGGAUGAAACUUGAAGACAUAAUGCUGAACGAAAUAAGCCAGGCACAAAAAAAGAAACAUAUGCUACCACUAAUGUGAACACUGAAAAAUGUAAAAUAAAUGGUUUAUAAAGUAGAAUAU